AUGGUCAAGUUCAGCAAGGUCCUGUGUGGCGUUCUCGCAUGCGGGUUUAUUGAUCCAUGUAUUGCUGGAGACAAUGAAACAACAUAUGAUGUGAUCACCACACCAAUCGUUGCAGACUGGGACGAUGGCCUUGGCAACAUGACUGCGACAUUGAAGGUCAUCAACGCCGACUACGCCUGGCAAUGGGCGAAUGUCACAUCCGACACGACAGACUUGGAGAAAAGAACGGGCAUCACGAUCCAGAAAAUUGUGACUACCGCGAAAGUCUCCUCCCAUGUGAUCUUUACAGUCAAGGCCGGGCUUGAAAUCUGGGAGUUCUUGGCGGGUCUCAUCAAGUCGAAGUCGGACGCGGACUCGUGCACCUUGACCUACGGUACAGAUGUCAGCGGGGAGAAGGUGCUGGGCUAUGCGUACAAGGCGACGACGACGGGGUCCAACUGCGAUACGACCGCAGAGAAAAAGACCAUCCUGGCCGCUGUCGAGAAAUGUGUGACUACUCUGCACAACAGUGGUACCACUGUGGGAUGCUGUCAGUUCAGUCAUGGAGGCACUUGGCGUGGACAUUUGCGGCUGAGCGCUGAACCCAGCGUUUACCCGGUACAUGCUGUGGAUUGCUAA